GUGUCCACGCGCACCUUCACCACCCUGCACGACCACCAGCCCGACCUGCUCAUCCGCACCUACGAGGGCGAGAGGAGCAUCGCCAAGGAGAACCACCUCCUCGGCCGCUUCCUCCUCAAGGGCUUUUCCCCCGCGCCGCGCGGCAUGAGCUUGCUGGAGGUGACGUUCUACAUCGACGCGGACGGCAUCCUGAGCGUGUUCGCCCUGGACAAGAUCAUGGGCGGCGCAAACCCCAUCGUGGUGGACACCAGGAAGGGGAGGCUGAGCAAGGAGCAGAUCGCGAGGCUGGCGGAGGAGCACGAGCGGGACCGCGCGUCGUGCGCGUGCAGCGUGAAGCGCACCUCGGAGGACGUCCUCAGCUACCUGGCGCUGCAGGCCAGGAGGAAGAUGCUGAGGUGCCAGCAGGCCUUCUCCUGGCGGAGCCCCGCUGCCUGGCUGAGGAGGAGGAGGGCGGGAGCCGGGAGGACGGGCUCCGGGAACGCCACGCGGGGAUUCAAGUCCCUCCAUAACAGCACGACGGGGAUCAAGAAGAGAGCAAAGCUGAUCAUCACCACCUACAGCUGGACCUGGCAGCUCACCCGGACCACCACCGUCAUCGACCCCUAG